CUGGCGCCGCCGCUUGCAGCAUGGCUUCGCGCAAGUCGCAGCAGAACAGCGCCGCGUCGGUGAUUGACGGCUGUGAGUGCCUGCAGCACGAAGGGAGCGGCUUGUAUGCCGUGCUCAUGCCAUGCCGGCCCAGAUGAGCCGCUGGAUGUCAUCGGGCGCGGCACCUUCGGCCUCAUCCGCAAGGUGCGGCGGCACGCCGAUGGGCGCAUCUUCGCGCGCAAGGAGCUCGAGUUUGCACGCAUGAGCGAGCGCGACCGCCGCCAGAUCGUCGCCGAGGUCAACAUCCUGCGCAACCUGGCGCACGACAACAUUGUCGCGUACGUCGAGCGCUUUGUGGAUGCUGACGCUGGCACGCUGUUCAUCAUCAUGGAGUACUGCGAGGGCGGCGACCUGGGCAGCGUCAUCAAGCGCUGCCGCAAGACCAACACCCUGCUGCCCGAGGAGACUGUCUGGUCGUACCUCUCGCAGAUGACGCUGGCGCUCGAGGCGUGUCACUACAAGGACACGCCCGCGUCCGCCGGCGCCAGCGACUCGCCGCUGCACCCGAUUCUGCAUCGCGACCUGAAGCCCGAGAACGUGUUCCUCGACGCCGAGAGCAACAUCAAGCUCGGCGACUUUGGCCUCUCCAAGCAGGUCGCUGCGCAGGCGUUUGCGAGCACGUACGUGGGCACGCCGUACUACAUGAGCCCGCAGGUGGCCAGCGGUGUGCCGUACGACUGCAAGAGCGAUGUCUGGGCGCUCGGCUGCAUCGCUUAUGAGCUGUGCGCUCUUGCUCCGCCCUUCGACGCUGCCAACCAGGCAGAGCUGACGCGCAAGAUCAAGCUCGGCCACGUGCCGCAGCUGCCCAAGGGCUACUCCGAAGAGCUUGGCGAUCUCAUCCGCGAGCUGCUCAGCCUCAGCCCCAAGGGUCGGCCGACCACGCGCAAGCUGCUCACGCACCCGCGCGUCAAGUUUGCCGUGCGCACGCACGAGCUCGCCACGCUCUCGCGCACUCUCACCGCUGAGCGUCAGCGUCUUCGCACGCUCGCUACCGAGCUCGAGGAGCGCAGCGCUGAGGUGCAGGCGCGCGAAGCAGCACAUGGCCAGGGCAACGGCCUCGACGCGGCAUCAUCGUCCCGGCUAGGCGAGCUGGAUGCGCGCGAGGCCGACGUGCAGCGCCGCGAGGAGGCGUGCGGUCAGCGCGAGGCGGAGCUCGAGGAGACGCGGCGCGACAUGAGCGAGCGCUACGAGGCGUGGUGUGCGGAGCGCGCUCGCAUCGAGGAGGAGUGGCGGCGCAUGACGGAGGCGCACAUGCGCUCCGCCGCCGCUGCCGGCCCGUCGCGGACCGACGCCGAGGAGCGGGCUCUCCGACGCGCCGACACUUCAGCUGCUCGGGUGGUGGCUUUGCCGGUCGUGCGGCCCAGCAUGCGUCGCAUCUCCUCUGGCGGCCGUACAGCAGCAGCCGCAGUGGCAACGACGGCCGUGGGCGAGCUAAGCGUGGAGCACAUCCGUGCUGGCACGACUGGUCUCGGCACGCCGCGUGCCACGCGCGAGCGGCAGCUACGCCAACGCCAGCGGGAAGAGGCUCGCCGCGCCACUUCCUCCUCUAGCGGCAUCAACGAGCACGGUCGCUCACGCUCGCGCACGGAGAGCGAAGGCAGCGAGGAAUGGGUCGAGGAGGCAGAGACAGCGCGAGCUACGGCUGCAGCCGCUGCGGCCGCCGAAGCAACUGCCGCUGCGACGACGGCAAGGCGGCCGCCUGUCACGGCACGCCGCUCAGCCGGCAUCCUACCUUCGUCGUCUUCGUCGUCUACCUCGCUGGCACAGCUCGCAGCUGCCCGGCAGUCGCGCCGCUCCGUCGUGGCAGCUGCGACAGCAGCCGCACGCGUGGCAGGUGCCGCACCACGGACAUGGCGCAGUGCCGACGACUCGGACAUCUCCAUGCGCUCCGCCGGACAGCUCUCGCAGCUGCCCCUGCCUGGUUCUGCGCCGGGCAGCUCGGACGAUGACGAGGACAAGGAGAAUGGCGCGCCGUUGCUGCCUCCGUCUGCUUCGGGCCUCAAGAGCAAGACCGCCGCCUCCGACACGGACCUCACGCGCGCCACCUCGCACAUGGCCCUGGCGCCUCGCCCGGCGCUCACGACGCGCGUCACGCUUGCCGGCAUCACUGGCGAGGCGGCGUCGGCGUCGCAGCUGCCCGUGGCCACGUACGAUACACAGGCCGACGACGACCCGGACCUGCCGUCGCCGUUCGUGCGCAAGGUGACGCGCGUGCCCGAGGCGCGCCUCAGGCCAUCCGGCAGCGCUGGCGGCAGCAACCUGCUUGCCCGUGCGGCACACAACUACGCCGCCGUGCGUUCCGCUGCCGCUGCGGCUGCCGCGGCCUCGGAAGCGAAGACGGACGCUGCCGCCGCACCGGCGCCUGCUGCUCCGCGUCCGCGUCCCUCGGCACGACGCCAGUCGACGCUGCCGUGUGUCGUCGCGAGUGCUCUGCCCGCCAGCGGCACUGCGCUCUCGGGCGCGCCAGCAAGCCGCAUCGGCAGCUCCGGCGUGCGCGCCACCACCAGCCUCGUCCCCGGCGCCGCAGCACCACGGCGCAGCUUCAUCCCUGCACAGCGAUGAGCUCUGCGCACCCUCUCUCUCUCCUCGCCCCUUCGUUCCGCUUCGCAUCCCCUGACCUUACCCUACUACACGCACAUAUCUGCCCCAGCGGCCCCUCA